CCCGCAGCCGCUCAGUACCGCUCCCCGCAGUCCCCGAAGCGCACUGCUCCCCUCAGUUCCUGGUGUUCGUUUGCGAGGCUGCAUGUUCCUCGGCGCAGCGCCGCUCGCCGUAGCAACUUUUCCCCGAAGAAUGGAAUAAGUCCCGCUUCUUUCCGACUCCACGUGGACGCUUUCGGCCACCGCGGGAACAAGCCCCUACGCGCCUGCUUUGCGGAUUGCGCAGCGAGGGAUGACUCGCUAGACUCCUCCGCGGGCUCCGCUCGACGCCGAAAGCCGAGAAGCUCGCCGCCGCCGCUAGCCAGCGCAAGGCUAACGCGUUAGCUUAGCCGCAUGCAGUCCAAGAUGACCGACUGCUGCGCCGCCACGAGCUGCGGCUCCCGCCGAGGGGAUCCGGACGGCGGCGUCCCGCUCUUCAGCUUCCCGCCGGAGCCGGAACGCUGUAAACAAUGGUUGAACAACUGUCGUCGCCAAGACUUGGCGUCAAAAGACCCUGAACAGCUGCAUAAACUCUACAGACUUUGUGCAAAACACUUUGAGCCAUCUCUGAUCUCCCAUCAGAGCGCUUCCGGUUGUGUCCUGAACAAAGACGCAGUUCCAACAAUAUUUGACUUUGCAACACCGUCGAACAAUCCAUCAACUUGUAACAGAAAGCGAGCGAGAGACGCUACAGAAGAGGAACUCGCUUCAGCGAAGAAAGCUAAAGAAAAUUCAGCAACACCGGGUGUGUCUGAGGAGGCAAAAAAAGAGUCUGGAGAGAACAGUGUGACAUAUGAAUCACCACAAGAUGACCAAACCCAAGGGGAUGCGACAAGCUCCAAAGCUAAAGAGACUCUUAAGAUCUACUUCAAGGAAAUCCUGGCGCUCAUUGGAUUCAGCAUCAAUGGUGCCAGCAUCAACACAGAUGAGCCAAUCGGAGGUGCAAGAGGUCAGCAGACUCUGCAUCCUCUAUGUGUGGAGAAAAUUGAUCAGAAAGAAAUUCUCCAAUUUAGCGAGGAUCUCAUGCGGGAGGAGAUGCAGAACAGCUUGAGGUUGGCACGAUUCUUCUCUAUUCUUCUACAAGAUGUGACGAACAUUGAGGGAAAGGAGCAGAUUCCAGUUUUUAUCAGGUCUGUCACCGUUUCUGGCUUUCCUCAAAAGCACCUCAUUGGCUUUCUGCCCUGUGAUUUGGAUGCUGAGAAUCUGUUUUACGUGCUUCUCUCAGAGUUAAGAAAUAGGUGGGGGCUGAGGAUGGAGCAUUGUCGGGGGCUCACCUAUCUGGUCACGGGCAGCAUGUGUCAGAAAAUGCGAGACCUUACCUGCAGGAUCCUUCAGGAGUUCCCACAGGUAGUUUUGUCACCUAGUGACCCAUAUGCCUUUAACAUAUGGAUUAUUCGCUGCAUGCCCGUGUCCUCCAUUCAGAAAGUAGCAGACACUGUUGAGGAGGUGGCCGCGCUACUUAGGAGAACGCCAGAGAUUUGCAGUAGAUUGGACGGAAAGAUUCAGGCGACAUAUGGUCAUGUGAAGGGUGAAGUGGACAGGAUCAAGGAGGCCUACCAUGGUAAUUGGGAGUAUGGCACUGAUGCCUUUCAGACCAUGCUGGAUAUCCUUGAGCCAUUUUUGAACUGUAUUAAUGAGAUGAUCUCAAAAGUAGAUGAAGAUACAGCUGAGCAGUUAGCCAAGCUCAAGCCUGUUUUGAAGAAUUUCAAUUUCAUUGUCACACUUGUAGUUCUGAAGAACACCCUCUGUUGUGUUAGCAUACUCAAUUCAAGUCUCAGGGGAAUAAUCAGCAUCAGCAGCACCUUGCAGUACACAAUUUCCAAUGCCUUAAAGUUGGUAAACAAAUAUCAGCAGGAGAUUGCAAUAUUCCACAGGAAAUGGUUUUCAGAUGCAGUGGGCCGAGCAAAGAAGCUUGGAGUUGAGGUGACAAAGCCAGAAACUUUAUCAGGGACAGACCAAGACACCACAACUGAAACGCCACUGGAUGACUUUUACAGAGAAGCUCUGAGUCGGCCUAUUUUGCAGUAUCUAACAGCAGAAGUGAAGAGAGUGUUCAGCACUGAAAUGGUGAGAAUUCUCCGAUGGCUGUCAUUGGUGCCAUCUUACAUGGCCGACCACAAUUUCAGUAUCCGCAGGGAUAAAGUGGCAGAUGCCAACCUGAACAACCUUGCCAGGCCUGACACAUUUUAUGAAGAGCUUGGCUGCUGGGAAGUGAAGUGGAGGCAUGCAAGCAAGCGCAGAAUCCUGCCAACCACAGUUUUUGCAACGCUAAAGAUUCCAGAUAUUGGAUUUUAUCCAAACGUGCAAAGCCUUCUGAGGGUUUUGGGUACUGUUCCGUGUGUGAAUGCAGAGGCAGAUGUGUAUGGGCAGUAUAAUAUGGUGCUGGAGCGAUGCCAUUCCUACCUCAGGGCCACACCAGAGGACCAGAGACAAUGCAACAUGGCUUUUGUGUUUGUCAACCAAGAUGUUCACUUCAGUGUUGAACAAAUGGUGGAGUCCUAUGUGCAAAAGCAUCCUGACAUAUUGGAAUUGCUCCAAACAGAUGAUCAGCUAAAGGAGAAGCAUCCUCAAGUGGCGAACUCAGAGAAUGAUGGAAGUCACACUGAAAAGGACAAUGAAGAAGAAGUGCAACUCAUGACCAUAGAGAUGGAGGCUGAGAAGCUUGUGGAAUUGAAGUGUGCAGAGACUGAUAAAGAAGCUCUCAAAUCUGCUUUGCGGGCUGCAGUGACUACUGCAAGCAACAGCUGUCGUGGGUCAGCUGGUGAAGUUUCUGCUGAACAUGAAGGGGAGGUUGAGUAUGUGUCCAAGUCUGAGAUGAAAGAAGUUCUCACUGUGUGUGAGGAUGCAGUCAGAGAGGGAAUUCUCAUGGAAGUAGGGAGUUCAUUCUUCUCCUUGUUUAUUGAUUGUGUCGUGAAAUUGGGGGACAAAGACCAUCUUCCUCUCUUUCUGAGGUUUGUGGAUAGUUUCGACGUCAUGCGAAUGGAGUUGAUGGGAUUUCUUGACGCGAAUCUUGACUGUGAUGCCAUGUUACAACGCCUAUUAGAAAUAGUCACAGAGGAGUGGCGUCUGGAUUUGAAAUAUUGCAGAGGUCAAGCCUACUUAGGCUCUGGCGAAGUGUCCUACAAGCUUAAAGCCUUUGCUUGCAAAGUCCAAGAAAAAUACCCUCUUGCUAUAAGCACUCACUGCUCUUGUUACUCCUUCAACACGUGGUGGUCAAAAUCCAUUCCAGUGCCUGCCAUUAAAGCAGCUUUAGAUACUUUUGAAGAGGUUUUGAUGUUUUUUGGCAGCAGUACCAUUCUUGAAAAACAGCUAGACCAUGUCAUUGCUUUUGGUCUCAGAGAGAGCUAUGAGAAAGUCCAGGAGUUACAAGGAAAGUUCUGUGUCCUUUGGCAAGAAAAGCACGAUUCUUAUGAGGUCUUUGUGCAGAUGCUAGAGCCCUUAGUUGAAUGUUUAGAGAAAAUCAAAAACAACCCACAGAGAUGGAAAGCUCUUGUGUCUGAACAAGCUGGGACACUUCUUUGCAAGAUAAUGGACUUUGAUUUCAUCAUGGCUAUGGUAGUCUUGAAGAACACGUCCUCUUUCACUAGAGAGCUGAGCGCAGGGCUUCAAAAGGACCACUUCAGUGCCGCUUCCCAGCUUUGCCAAAUCAGUGGUAUUGUGGCCACGCUGAACCGAGUGAAAACGAAUAUGAAGGUGUUUCAUCAGAAUUGGUUCGAUGAAGCCAGUGCUAUGGCACAGAGUCUAAGAGUGCAGAUUGAAGUGCCUGAAAACUCAUCUUUGCCAAGAGACAGCAUGAUAAAGCCAGUUGGUUAUUACAAAGAUGGUUUGAGUGUUCCCCUCAUGGAUAACCUCAUCAACGCUGUUAAGGAUCAUUUUUCAGAUGACCACAAGGAAGCUCUCAACUUCCUCUCCCUGAUUCCAUGCUCUGUAACUGUGAGUUACAUGUUUGAGAGCUUGAAGUCAAAGCCUCCUCUCUAUAGCAGUGAUCUUCCUGACGCUGACAACUUUUUCACAGAGCUGUGUUGCUGGAGAGUGACAUGGAAGACCAAAGUUGCAUCAGUGACGAUCCCAGACUCUAUAUUUCAAACCUUGCGUCUGCCAGUCAUGCAGUACUUUGGAAACAUCAACACACUACUGAGGGUUAUGUCCGUGUUACCCAGCACAGCACUUGAGGACUGUGGGGUGGUAAUACGUCACAAAAUGUUCCAAGAGUACCUGAGAAAGACGCGUCCGAAAGACAGGUCUCCAUGCUUGGCCAUGCUGCAUGUGGGCACGGACUUCAAUAGAGAUCUCGACCGCAUGGUGGCCCAGUGUCUGAAGAUCACUCCUCAAGCCUUAGAGGGUAUCUGUUUGGACAAAGAAGCCAAAAGUUUCAUCAGGAACUCUGAAAAUAACAUGGAAGUUCAUGUCAAAGAGGAAGCAGAAGAACCCAAGCUUCAGCAAUGUAUUGACAAGAAUGACGACCAAGACAUGAAACCAGUAGAUGAGAAUGGACUCACAGGAGAUAACCGUCAAAGUUUAGAGAUUGUAUUCAGGCUGGCUGCACUCCUUGGAAAAAAGAAUUGCAGUCUCUCUGAAAUCUCUGCAGAGGACCAGGAACUUUUCGUCCAGGAGCUUGGCAUGUGCCACUGGUUUGGGUGUGACAGAAAAUACUAUGCAGACGAGGCAGAAUUGAUGAAGAUGCUUAUAAAAGGAAUCCGAGGUGCAAUACUCCAGGAAAUUCAGGACUCUCCUUUCUUCUCGCUCAUCACAGACAAACCUGUUAGAAUAUCUGGCAAGACCUAUCUGCCUGUUUUUGUCAGGUAUGUGGGUGAAUCUGCUCCAAAAGUUGAGCUUUUUGGUUUCUUACCAAUCGAUGAGACCUGUGAUGAUGAUAUCCAAGCAAAGAGUCUUGUAAAAGUUCUCACUGAAGACUGGGGCUUGCCAAUGUCACAAUGUCGUGGACAAGCAUUCAUGCACUUGGGCUCAGUUUGCCAGAGCUUGAAGAAAAUGUCAUUAGAUUUCCUCCAGAGCUACCCUCUGUCUGUUGUUACACCAAGUGAGUCUUGUGGCCUUGCCUGCUGGCUAGCUGGGAGUGUGCCCUGUUCCUCAGUAAAAAAGAUGCUGGAUAUUGCAGAAGAUCUGCUAUUGUUCUUCGAUCAGUCCCCUGAACUGGAGCGACAACUGGCAAAGGCUGUUGAUGGGUUGUUGAACGCCCCGAGGGAGGCCCUGGAAGAGAUUCCAGAAACCUGCUGCUCAAGGUGGAAAAAAAGAGAGGACUUCUUUGAUAUCCUUGCUGACACACUAGAGGGGAUCGUUGGCUGCUUAAAAUCUAUAAGUUCCAAUUCUACAGGUGCUAUGUCAUUACAUGCACAAGUUCUCUCUACUGCAGUGAGAAGUGUGGACUUCAUUGUCACCCUUGUGAUCUUGAAAAAUGCUUGUACUCCACUUCGUAACUGCAGCACUGUCUUCCGAUGUGGCAACCCCGCAGACAUUAUCUGUGAAGUGGAAAAAAUCCCUGUAAUCAUUGACACGCUUUGCAACAUGCUGGAGAACAUAAGCACUGUGCAUGCCCCUUGGUUUGAGCAAGCAUACCAGCUAGUGACCAAGGUGGGUCUAGAACAACUUUUCUUCCCAGAAGAAGCCAACAACUAUGAGUCCCCAGAGAUAUACUACAGGGAGAACCUGAGUGUUCCUCUUCUAAGAAGUCUCAUCGAGGAAAUGAAGUACUGCUUCUCAGACAGCCACUUGAAGGCUCUAUCUGUUCUGUCAUUGCUACCCUCCUGUAAUCCACAGCCCAUUCCCCCCGAGUCGACAGACAAGCCAUUUAGUUUCUACCAAACGGAUCUUCCUGAGCCUGACACUGCUGAGCAGGAAAUUAAUGCCUGGGCUGCUAUCUGGAGAGAAAAGUACCAGGAUGUUGCUCCACCAACAUCCAUCUCUGAAACACUACUCCACCCUGAGUCAAAGAGCCACCCUACUGUAACCUUGCUGCUCCGGCUAGUGGCCGUCUUGCCCAGUGUCAGUAUAGAAUGUGACCUUAUGAAGACCACCCUGAAUUCCAUGAGGGAUCUAUUGAAGAAUAUUGUUUGCAAGGGCAGUAAAACAGAUCAUGUGAUGCUCCUCACACACCAGCCGGCUUUGCAAAGACUGCCAGAGGUUAUUGAGAAGUGCGUAGAAGUUGAUUCAGAGAGCAGCAUGCAUCUUUCCCAGGUGAUGGAAACCUUUCAAAGACUGAAGCUGAACAGAAGAGCAGUUCAAGAAAAACCAGCGGCGAAAGUGGAACCUCCUGCGUGUGAUGCGGCGGAUCACUCCACUGAUGGAAAUGCGAAAUUUGAUGAACACGACGUGAUAAUGGAGGACCCUCAAAAACCAAGGCAAACAAUGUCCUUCUAUGACCCCCAUCUACGUGAAGACAUCCUCAAGGAACUCUGGGACUCGCAGUUUUUCACAAUAAUAACUGAGCAGGCCGUUGAGAUUGACAGUGAGCUAUACAUCCCCCUGUGCAUUAGGUAUUUAAAUAAAGAGGAUGUCCAGUGCGAGGAGACUUUGGCUUUCAUCCCCUACUAUGCAGAUGUAGUUAUUCUUGCAGAUGCCAUUGAGACUGCGCUUUCGGAGAAAUGGGGGCUCAACAUGGAGUAUUGCAGAGGACAGGCCUUGCUGAGUGUUGGUGAAGUAGGAGCCCAGAUGAGGGCUGUAUGCUUAGCGAUAGCAAAGAAAUACCCCCUGGCUAUACGGACAGUUAGCUCUGCCUUGUCCCUCAAUGUGUGGCUGGCCAGAUCCUCUCCUGCUGAAGAAGUGGCUAAUGGAGCUGUUUUGAUAGAGAACAUGCUACAGUGGCUCACAGAGGACACACAACGGCAGAACAAACUAGAAGACAUGAUCAUUCAUGUGUUUCGACAUGAUGAGGGAAGGGGUAAUGAGUUGAGGGACAGGCUCAUCAAAAACUGGGACAAGAGUCAUGACAUGCAUGAGGUAACCGUAGAGCUCUUGGAAGCAAUCUUGCUAUCUUUGAACGAGCUAAAGGGUGAAGGCAGUACAUCAGGCCGACACCAAGCUUGGAGGUUCUUCGAUGCCAUCAGAAACUUUGAGUUCAUCUUCUCUGUGGUGGUUCAGAAGAACGUCUUAAGUGUAACCAAAAAGCUGAGUCAGUCCCUUCAAGGCAAGCCCCUAGAUAUAUUGCUUGCUGCAAAUACUUUGCCCGAUAUCAAAGAAUCAUUGAGUAAAUUGAGAAGUGAUAUUGACACCCACCAUAAAGUGUGGUUUGAGGAAGCUGUAAAAUUGGCUUCCAAACUCGAGGUUACGAUGGUGCACUCAGUUCUUUUAGAGCCCCUGAGUGAUUUUUUCAAAGAAUCGAUAAGCAUGCAGGUUGUGGAGCACUCGAUAGCUGAAGUCGCUGACCUCUUCACAGAGAACGUAAUGGAUACCUUGAGAUGCCUGGAGAUUGUGCCUUAUGCAAUGUCCAAAGUAGAAACCAGCGUGUUCAGUGGUAUUGUGUUCCGCUUGUACAAGGAAGACUUGCCAGAUAAAGCCUCCCUCUAUACCGAGAUCAAGUCUUGGAAGGAGAAAUGGUUGGACCCCUUGGCAUGCUACCUCCCUACAACUGUGCUCGACACCCUAAAGACAUCACAGAUAAGAAAUUUCAGUAACAUCGAAACUCUCCUCAGACUCCAGGUUAUCUUGCCGUUCUCAAGGAAGGAGAGCACCUUCAGGCAGGGAAAAAGAAACUUGCAGGGAUUCAUACAGCAGGAAAGGAGAUCAUUGACUGAACUGCAUCCUCUGUAAUAUUUGAUGGUCUUCCCUCAAGAUUAUCAAAACUUCAGCAAGGCUUUUUAGAGGAUGGGAGGAUGUUAUCGGCACAACACUUCUGGCCGUAUUCUCAAUCCUAGUUUAGGUCCCAAGUUUUAAACUCGUCUGAUAUUUCUCUAUGUACAUUAUUGACCUAUUUUUUGAAUUUUCCUGCGAGCAAAAGGUUCUUCUUUUUUUUUUUCCUCCUUUUUUUUGUAGUUUGAACAAUUGUGCUGCCGAUUGGGACCAACGUCUUGCCAAAAAAGCAAUGCUCAACUGAGGGUUAUCAAAAAUGCUUGUGUGCCUUUAUGCAAAACUAAUAAUUCAUCCCAUGUAUUGUGGUAUUACAGAUGUUUCAAAAAGAAUACUGUCCCUUUAGGCAUUUAGGUGUUUGAUUUUAGCCUUACCAAAAAUCUGUAGACUGAUUUUAAAGUCACAUCAUGAAUUCAGUACAAAUAUUAAACUGCACCAUAACCUUUCUUGGCACAAAUUGAAACGGUUAGUACCAUCAUGUAAUGUCUUCUGAUUAUUAUUAUUUUUUUCCCAGGUUUCCUUCUUUGCAGGAAUGACUUUGCUGUAAACGUAUCUUAGGAAGAAUCUUUCCUUGAGAGGAAAACCUUCAUAUAUAUUUGUCAAAAAAGUAAUAAAAUGUUCCA